CACAGCUACAGACAGGCUGAGGAGGUGCAGCUCAACUACAUACAACUGUAUUAAUAAAGUAGCAGCAGAUUUCAACGAUGGUGUGUGCAGGUGUGCUGAGGGGACUCAUCUUGUUCUGUCUCUUCUUCUCUGGAGUCUGGGGUGUGGAAAAAACUCUGGACCAGAAUACUCUCGCACCUGCCAUUAAGUUUCUUCGCCAAAACUAUCAACCGGGACAAAACCAGGUUGCCAUAGCCUUCAAUGCGCCUGUAGAUAAGUGUGCUGACUACCUCGACAACAACUUCCUUAACAAAUAUCCUGGUAGCAUUGUGAAGAAGGAUCUUAACAGUCCUGAAUGUCUCUACAAGGGUCAAAAACUGAUUGCAGCUAGACCAAAGCCCAUUACAGGAUCAACAAAAAAACAACAUUCAGAGUAUCUUCUCAUGAAUGUACCCAAUGUAGCUACGUCUCUCAUGAAAAAACUGCUAGAUAAUGACAAGACAGGAUGUGUGGUGUUCUAUACUUAUAAUUCCCCUUGCACAAGUACCUGCACCAAACCUGGGGGCUGCUACAGUAUCAUACAGGCUCUAGACAUGUUCGAGAACCACAAGGGUCCAAAGGCUUUUGUCUUUACAAAGGUAUGGAAGUAUGAUUGUGACAAAGAUAUUUCCACCAACCUUAAAGAAGUCCUAAAGCGUGUCCCCCUCUAUCGUUGUAAAGAUAACAAUAAUUGUGUUGCUUGUACAGACAAAAAUCUUAAAGACUGCAUGUAGUCACAAGAGCCAGGACUGGUGAGAACAGACUGCUUGGAAAAUGUGAUUGCUAGGUCACACAAUGAACACAGAGUCUAAAAAAUGUUUAGAAGACAAGCCUAGCAAUGUCAGAGAGACUUGUGCUGUAUUGUCUGAAGAAGUGCAAAGUAAUGUUAAACCUUUCCACUGUCUGGAUUGCAUUUAGCUUUUUUUAAAAUUCUUCAAUAAGCAAUAAUUCCUCUGUAUUCAGUCUUAACAAACGUGUUGAUGAGCUCACUGAAAUAUAUUUUCUCUGCAAUUUGUGUUUAAUUCAUGACUAAUAAAGAUAAAGACCCAUAAAAAAUCAUCUUUUAUGAUGCUUUUAUGCUUUGUUUUUCCAGGGGGAGAAAAUGAAACACUUUAUACACACACUGAUCAUGUUAAUUGGACAUUUGAGUCUUACACUGGACUAUACUGUAUGUUCACAUAACUGUCUACAAAACAUACAGUAGGUUAUAGACUUGAAGUCCACUGCAAUAACACUGUUCAUAUUGUCUAUGAAUGAAACGGCCCAGCCAUUGUAGUAGCACUGUAGCACUUCAGAGUUGACCCACUAGGUAGAAGAGGAACUGCCUUGAGGGCAUUGAGCUGACAGAAAGCGCUUGUAUGACCCAACACACUUACAGGGUUCCUAUCCUAUAUCCUCCCUUCCUCUUUUCCUAACCCCUCCU